UCUUUUGAGUUGUUGGGGUCUUUGUUUGUGCAUUUGUGGUCUGUGUGCUUAUUUCGGGCGGCUUUUGUGGUGGCCUUUUUUUUGGGGCGUUGCGUAUUGGGGAGCUCGUUAGUCCGUCCAAAUCGGUUCUUGGGGGGUUAUUGGUGGAUGAGGUCAGGUGCUCCGGUGAAUGGGUGGAGGUGCUGGUACGUCGGUCUAAGACGGACCAAUUGGAACGUGGUGGUCGGGUGCGUUUUUUUUUCGUUCUUCCGGCUUCGCUGGUGUGCCCAGUGCGGGCGGUUCAGGAAUUUUUGUCCCGUCGUCCAGUGGGGCAGGGGGUGUUUUUUCCGGCACGCUGAGCGGGAGCUGGUGCGAGAUGUCAAGCUGGAUUUUCUUCAGUUGCGGUGGGCUUAUCCGGGGAUGGUGGUGGUGUGGUCCGACAUUGUCGCCCGUACCUCUUGGCAUUGGGCGCGGUCGGUGGAGAGGCUCAACAAGGCUCGGAUCAAGGUUAACAGAGAGGUGGGGCGUUUCUUUAGUCACCAUGGGGGGUUGGUGGUCCGGCACUUGGAGUUGGAGGUGGAUACUUGGCGGUAUCUCAGGUGCGAUGGGGUGCAUUUGAAUGCGGUUGGGACAGAUUUUAUGGUCCCUGGAUCUGCAGGAUGGCAUACAGCGGGCUGUUCGUUUGUGGCGUGGCACGCAUGGGUA